ACGUGGUAUGCAUAUUUGGCGCCAUUUUUCACGGUCUUCCUGGUUUCUGGCGCGCAAAUCUUCUGUUCGGCCCUUCGUGCGUGUCUGGACAAGCUCAGGCGGGAACAAUGUUCGUCCUCAAACGAGACAGUCGCAAGGAGCCCGUGCAUUUCGAUAAGAUCACGUCAAGGAUCCACAAGCUUUGCUAUGGACUCAACAUGGACUUCGUAGACCCCUGCUCUAUUGCUCAGAAAGUUAUUAAUGGUUUGUACCCUGGAGUUACCACGGUUGAGCUGGAUAAUUUGGCAGCUGAAACUGCAGCCACCAUGACCACAAAACACCCUGACUAUGCAAUUUUGGCUGCCCGUAUUGCAGUUUCUAAUCUGCACAAGGAGACCAAGAAAGUAUUUAGUGAGGUUGUGGAAGAUCUCUACAACAUGGUGAAUGAGCGCACAAGGUUAAGGUCUCCCAUGAUCAGUGACAGCGUGUACAAGAUUGUCAUGGACAACGCUGAAGUCUUUAAUUCUGCCAUCAUAUAUGACAGAGAUUUUAACUACAACUACUUUGGAUUCAAGACAUUGGAAAGAUCUUAUCUGUUGAAAAUCAAUGGAAAAGUUGUCGAACGCCCUCAGCACAUGUUGAUGCGAGUGUCUAUCGGAAUUCACGGCACCGACUUGGAAGCUGUUCUCAACACAUACAACCUCAUGUCAGAGAAAUGGUUCACACAUGCCUCGCCGACAUUGUUCAACUCUGGCACCCCGAGGCCGCAGCUUUCGAGCUGUUUCUUGCUGCAGAUGAAGGAAGACAGCAUAGAGGGCAUCUAUGACACCCUCAAGCAGUGCGCGCUCAUUUCCAAGUCUGCUGGUGGCAUAGGUGUCAACGUGCACUGCAUCCGAGCCUCGGGGACCUACAUUGCGGGAACCAAUGGCACAUCCAAUGGACUUGUACCCAUGCUGCGGGUUUACAACAAUACGGCUCGAUAUGUUGAUCAAGGAGGAAAUAAGAGGCCGGGAGCUUUCGCCAUGUAUCUGGAGCCCUGGCACGCAGACAUCUUCGAGUUCCUUGAGCUGAAGAAGAACACGGGCAAAGAGGAAACUCGAGCUCGGGACUUGUUUUAUGCUCUCUGGAUCCCAGACCUGUUCAUGAAGCGCGUGGAGGAAGAUGGUGUCUGGUCGCUCAUGUGUCCCCACGAAUGCCCUGGGCUGCAUGAAGUUCAUAGUGAAGAGUUCGAAAAACUUUACACGCAAUAUGAAAGUGACAAGCGUUACCGGCGGCAGGUACGUGCACAGCAACUGUGGUCCGCCAUCCUUGAGUCUCAGAUUGAGACGGGCACACCAUACAUGCUGUACAAGGAUGCCUGCAAUCGCAAGUCUAAUCAGAAAAACCUUGGCACCAUCAAGUGCAGCAACCUGUGCACCGAGGUCGUGGAGUACACAUCUCCGGACGAGGUGGCUGUUUGCAAUUUGGCAUCAAUUGCCUUGAACCGGUUUGUCAAGGAUGGAAGCUUCGACUUUCAGAAGCUGCGAGAAGUCAGUCAGGUCAUCACACGGAAUCUCAAUCGCAUCAUCGACGUGAACUUCUACCCAAUUCCCGAGGCUGAGAGAUCCAAUAUGAGGCAUCGUCCCAUUGGCAUUGGCGUCCAAGGCCUGGCGGAUUGUUUCAUCCUGCUUCGCUUGCCAUUCGACUCUGAGCCAGCAAUGCUGCUGAACAGACAGAUCUUUGAGACCAUCUACUAUGGAGCCCUUGAAGCAAGCUGCGAGCUUGCACAAAAGGAUGGACCAUACGAAACUUACAAAGGAUCACCAGUGUCUGAAGGGAUUCUUCAGUACGACAUGUGGAAUGUGACGCCGACAGAUUUGUGGGACUGGGCAGCCCUCAAGGAAAAGAUUGCAAAGCAUGGUGUCAGAAACAGCCUACUCCUCGCCCCCAUGCCCACGGCUUCCACGGCCCAGAUUCUGGGAAACAACGAGUCGAUAGAGGCCUACACGAGCAACAUCUACACGCGGCGGGUUUUGUCUGGAGAGUUUCAAGUUGUUAAUCAGCACCUUCUCAAAGACCUCACAGACAGGGGCCUGUGGAAUGAAUCGUUGAAGAAUGACCUCAUUGCCAACAAUGGCUCUGUUCAGGACUUGGACAUCCCUGAAGACCUGAAGGCCCUUUACCGCACCGUUUGGGAAAUUCCGCAAAAGAAUGUCCUGCGAAUGGCCGCCGACCGUGGAGCUUAUAUUGACCAAAGCCAGUCACUUAACGUUCACAUAGCCCAGCCCAACUAUGCCAAGCUGACAAGCAUGCACUUCUAUGGCUGGAAACUGGGCCUGAAGACUGGCAUGUACUACUUGAGGACAAAGCCAGCAGCCAAUGCAAUCCAAUUCACAGUAGACAAGACUGCACUCAAGAAGAAGCAACUGGAUGGCAUCGCCUGCUCACUGAAAAACAAGGACGAGUGCCUCAUGUGCAGUGCAUGAUAUCUUUGAGGCUUCAGACUACCUUUUACCGUGGAACUUUUUUUAAUUGCAUAGGAACAUAUUGUAAUGCAUGAAUCCAUUUCACACAUCUCGACAUUUGGCAGGUGCCUGCCAAGUGACGGUUUGUUCAUUUAGCCAGGUUCCUUCUCUAAUUGUUUAUUUUGUGUAGUGUGUCCUGUACACAUGGUCUUGGUGUGUUGCUUUCUAUGUGAACAUACUUCGUUAAAUUUUUAUGAAGACAGCCGGCAAGUCAUCGCUGUGCAUUUUUCUCGUUUUUGCAUUAUGAGCGAAGUUUCUUUGGGCAUUUUGUGUCAUAUUUUAAUUCUUCACGUGACGUCUUCAUAGACAUCCCGGUUUUGUGAUAUGUUAUCCAAUGAAUAAUGCAUUUAUGUUGCAAGUCGGCAUAGGCAUUUUACUUGAGCCGAGUUAGUUUUUUUUGUUGCUUUACAUUUUAUACACAAUGCAGAAAAAAAGAAUUUUUUUAAGAAGCAAGCCUUUUGAAAGCUGCAGUUCACUGUUCAUGCCUUUUACACAGCAACAUUGUUCAUGAACAUAUCACUGCCCAUGCGUCUUGUGACUGAGCUUUGUUGUGCAUUUAAGUAUGUCUUUUACAUUUGCAUUCGAUUUCAUUAUGCACCAUAUACCAUUUACAGGUAUUUUACUUGUUUACUUUUACAAUCUUUCUCUUUUUGUCGAUCGAGCAGUAAAUAGAUUUUCCCAA